CACACUCGUAUUGUCACGCAGAGAGACUGACUGGGGGCUUGGUAAGGUGUGAACACUGUACCUUCUGGAGUAGAUUCAGGAUGAAGAGUUCCCUGCAAUCUUGUUCGAGGGCCAAUUAUCUGCUCUUUUCUUUGGGACUACUUCUGCAAUGCGGAGAGGCCAGAGUGCACACUGAAGCACAGGCUGGGCCUCUGUAUCGUAUGGUAGGCUCUCCGCUCUCCAUCUCCUGCAAUGUGAGUGGCUUCGCCAUUGAAAGCAUUAAAAAAGAAAUUGAAUUCCGUGUUAAGAAGCCUGCACAGCCAACAUUUGAGAUCAACAUCAUCAGCACUAAAGACCAAAGGUUCGGCUAUUCUGUGUAUGCAGACCGUGUGAAGAACAAGGAAAUUACUCUGACACAUGUGACUCCAAACUCAGUCUUCUUUGAGAUGCAAAGCCUGGAGAAAGGUGAUGAAGGAGAAUAUGAAUGUUCUGUAAUCAACCCAGAGCGUAAUUAUGUAGGAACCUAUAACGCUAAGACAACAGUGAAAGUGAUUGACAACUCCCUCAGUGUUUCAUCAUCUGCCUCCUCCACCUCACUGAGCUAUAAUGAGGGUGAUGCUCUCACUUUAACAUGCCAGGCCUCCUGCAACACCGUCCAACACACCCAUCUGUCUCUUGCCUGGUAUCUCCGUAAAGAUGACGAGGACAACGCUCAGCCUAUCAUUUCUCUGGAUAGAGAUUUCACACUGAGCCCAGGCCCGGGGUUUGAAGGGCGUUAUCAAGCUGGACUCAUAAGGUUAGAUAAAAUGGGAGAGGCCACGUACAAGCUAAACAUGGCUCAGCUGGAGCUGUCAGAUCAAGGCAGAAUCUACUGUCAGGCUCAGGAGUGGAUCCAAGAUCCUGACCGCUCCUGGUACACUAUCACGCAGAAGAAUACAGAGGAAACUACCCUGUAUGUCACAGCCAGAGAAGUGUUGCCAGACACGUCGUCUCUGGUGGUGAGAAUUUCCGCACAGUCUGCAACUCUGCAGGAGGGGCAAGAGUUGUCACUAUCCUGCAACGUAGACACGCAGAACCUGGGGGAAAGGUUCUUCUCUGUAGCCUGGCUCAAGGGAAGUGUUGAGUUGCUCCGCAUUGGCCCUACAGGCAUUCAGUCUGUGGGGCCAGAGUACAGUGGGAGAGUGAAAGAAGGAGAGCUCAGGGCAGCCCGUAUAGGGAACAGAGUUUACCGUCUCAUAUUGCAGCCCGUCAGAACCGAGGAUCAAGGAGAGUAUAUCUGUAGAGCAUGGCUUGAGGACAGAGGUCUGGAUGGUGCCUUUACACAGGGAGCAGCGCAGGACUCCAGCUCCCAGCUGAUCAGCAUCUCAGCCACAGAAAGUGGGCUCUCAGUCGAAAUGCAAAACACUGUGGGUGUCAACGAAGGUUACGGGCUGAAGCUCACCUGUAAAGUGCAUGGGGUCAACGGUCAGCUCUCCGUCACCUGGCAACGCAAAUCAGAAUCCUCAUCAACGGCCAUGUUCACCAAUGUCAUCAGUCUAAGUCAGGAGGGUGUUGUGGAGAAAGCGAGUGAGUUCAUGAGUCGCGAAGUAAAGGCAACGCGUCCAGCGACUAAUACCUUCACCCUGGAGCUCGAGGAGGUCGCACCUUCUGAUUCAGGAGACUACCAGUGUGCUGUGUCUGAAUGGAAAGUCAACAGAAAGACCAACAGCCAGUCACAGACUGCUACUGUGACAGUGGCUCCUACAUAUUCGUUUGUGACAGUGAAUCUGAUAAGUCGCAACACCAUAGUGACUGUGGGAGAAAAUGUAGAGUUGAUGUGCCGGGUCAAAGGUCCACGUGUACCAAUAACACUGACUUGGAGCCUGCAGCGUGAUAGCUCAACCAUAGACAAUAUCCUGACACUGUACUCUAAUGGUGCCAUCAGCUGGUCUGGAGACCAGCACCGCUACCAGCUGAAAGUAGUGAACACACAGAAUGAAGUCAUUCACUAUCUGCUUAUCAACGGUGCGAGCCACAGGGAGGCGGGAAGCUACGAGUGUAGGGUGUCUGUCUUCCUGGAGAAUGUAUACAAAGGGCUGCCUCCAUCCAACCCGCUAGCUGUUCGGGUGCAGAACCCAGAGAGCAAGCUUGAUCUGACCCCCACCCCUGCCUUGACAAGAAAUGUCAACAGUGACAUAGAAAUAAAAUGCUCAGUUAUCUCAAAACCCUCUACUUCCUCUCACUAUGCUGUCACCUGGCUCCUCCAGCAACAGGCAGAAAAUUUGACCAUUGUGAGCUCUGAUCGGGAUGCCCUAGUGACAUUCGGACCCCAGGUACAGCUGAGCCAAAGACAGCGAAUCAGCGUGAAGCGCACUGAGGGCCCCAGUUUUGAGUUGACUAUUCGGCAAGCUCGGAUCUCAGACAAUGGCUCAUACGUGUGUGAGGUGGUGGAGUGGCUACAAGAUCCUCAUGGUGACUGGUAUCACCUCGCACUAGUGUCCAAAACCACAGAUCUAACAGUUAUUGAGCCUGCCAAUGACCUUAGUUUAGACAAGAACGAGCAGCCGUUGACUGCCAGGGAGGGAGACGAGGUGGAGCUCAAUUGUAUCAUCUCAGGUGCGUCCGGUCCUUCUUUUUUCUACAAAGUCACUUGGCUUUACACUGGACACGGUUCUUCUAUCCGAAAUGCCCUGGUGGAGCUUGAUCACACGGGCCUGCUAAGUUACCCAGAAAACCAGGAGCUCAGAGGCCUGCAGGGGCGGCUUCAUCUCACCAGACCCACUCAGAGCAGCGUCUAUCUGGGAAUUCAGAGGGCCCAUGAGGGUGAUAAUGGGACCUACCAGUGCCAGGUGGAGCAAUAUCAGCUGGAUAAUGAAGGUCACUGGCAGCAAAAGGCUUCUGGUAGAGCUGGCCCCAUCACACUGACUGUACACGUUGCCGAAAAAAACCUGUUCAUUGUGAAGGAAGAAGUGGAGUUGAAUAUGAGCAGAACCCAGGAUUUCACAAUUCCCUGUCAUAUCACCAAACAAUCCAGCAGUGAAUCUCAGCUCCAGGUGACGUGGUUUUGGCAGAAGGAGUCAGAAACUAAACAACGCCCUAUAUUCACAGCUUACCGCAACUCCACCCUACAAGAUAGAUUUGGGAAGGGUGAUAAGCUAAGAUUUCACCACCCUUUGCCCAACCAAUUCAGCCUCACAGUCUUAAAGACAAGUCCUGAAGAGAGUGGCCUGUAUUUCUGUGAGGUGGAAGAGUGGCUCCUAUCUCUUUCUCAUGGGUGGAGGAAGGUUGCAGUGGAAAAGUCAGGAUAUUUGACUGUUAAUGUCGAUGCAGAAGGAGAUGUUGGAGCCGUCUCUAAGCCAGAAUGCAAGUCGUAUAUCUGGAUGGGGAUCCUCAUAGCUACUGUCAUCUGCUCACUGUUGGUCAUAUUGCUACUGGUGCUGAAGAUAUGCCGGAGCAAGGUCUCAGGAGAAAAUAAGUCGGGCCAAACUCUGUGGGCUGAGCAAUACCCUCUGAACACCAAACCUAGUGCAGAAAACUGAACCUCAUAGACCAGAGGAGAAGAGAGAAAAAAAAUGCACAGAUAUGUUUUAUAAGUCAAAAAAAUUGCACUGUACUUGCAGUAUUUUUUAUAUUUUUUUAUUCCAAGUUCAAUAAUUCUUGUUUAAAUAAAUCUGUUGAUAAUGUUCCAUAAAAAAAGUAGUUUAAAUGUUUUACUCUCUGUGCAGCUGGGAAUAAUUUUGCCUUUAUGAAUUAAUGAAAUGUAUUCAUCAUGAUUAAGUAGGCACUUUUCAUUUUGCAGCUAAGACUUCUUUGCAUAAUCACCAGCUUCUUACUGCCUGUAAUGGACAGUUGAGCUAGACAGGAUAUCAACUUUGUGGCUUUACACCUACAAAGCAACAUACUGUGAAUGACAGAUUCCUUUUUAUGUAUCACCAUACCAGGCAGCUUGAUACUAUGUCUUUUAUAGGAAGAAGUCAAAGCAUAGCAUGUCUAAGGGAGCAGCUAAGUACGCAAAAUGUGUGUAAGAUUUGAAAUGUUACUCUGUAAGCAACACCGUGAUGACUCAAUCAAGACAUCUGUGGUUCUGCAAGAGCACAGGAUGCCUCUGUGGUCUGCAAAUCUGCUGAGAAGUGAGUGUGUCAGACAGACAGAAGUCAUGGUAAGAGGUUACAUUCGUACAAUGGAAGUAGAAAUCUGCCAAUGCAAUGCACAGUUCCACAUAUAGAUGAGACGUGAAAGUUGUGUGUGUUUUAAAGAGUCUGCCCUUACUGAAUGUGUGUUUGUGCAUGUACAGUUCGUACAAAAACUAUUGAGCUAAAACAUUUUUCGUUGUUUUGGCUGUACUCAAUCACAUUAGAUUUUUAAAUGAAACAUUUAAUAUGAGAUUAAAAGUCUGACUUUCAA